CAGGCCGUACAGGCUACUUCCGCUGGGGACAUGACGUACAAUCAUCACGAUUGGGGUGUUUGGGUCGAUCAACUCUCAAGUUUCCCCGAAGCCGAGAAGAACUUCAAAGUCUUGGCUACGUCCACGAGUACUGAGGUUGACAGGGAGUUCAUCGCUGUUGUGGAGGGUCGAAACGAAUUCGAUGGGGUAUGGGCUGUUCAGUUUCACCCAGAGAAACCGUCUUACGAAUGGAACUCGAAGCUGUCAGUGGACCACUCUCGAACUUCUGUCGAGGCAAACAGAUUUUUCGCUGAUUUUUUCAUAAGCCGUGUGCGGGAACAUCAGCCAUACCGUCGAUGCUUGCCGGUGUCCGAGGAAGCAUCAGUGCUGGUUUACAACUAUCCGCUCCAUUUUACUGGCUGGAUCGGCUCGCCUCAAACAAUUGCCGCUCGCGAAGGGUAGCUGCUCUCGCCCGGUUCGAGUCCUGUUCGUUGUUAUCAGCUUGUAUGCAUCAGGUACUUCACUGAGACCUACAUGGUCUAGACAUCUUGCUACCAUACGAACCUCAGAUCCGUAGAUUUCGCUUAUAGCAGGAAAUUGUUGCCUCUACCGCAUCUCCGCUGAUCCGUUAUCCAUACAAUAUCCAAGUAACCAUGGUUGACACUUUAUCUAUCUUGAAGGUCUGCGAGCAAAGUAGGCUAUCUGCAACACUCUGAUAUCAAGAAGCAGUUGUCGAUCCUGGAGUCGCUAGCAAUAAGUUUCGUCGUACGUAGAUGCCUCGCUUCGAUUGCAUACGUAAGACUGAGUGGUUGAGGCAGCGGCGCUUUGCUGAGUUGUUGGUGGCUUGCCAAACAUAUUGUGCAUAUUUUGCAUAUAUCCCACUCUCGUUUGCUCAA